GGCGCGGCUUCGGGGCCAAAGUCCUUCCCCGCCGGUUUGCUUCGGGCGCAAUCCUGCCGCUCCCCUCGAAUGCGUGUGAUCGGCAGGGGGAGUGACGCGGGCGGAGAUGCUGAUCGGAUCGCGAUGCUCGUUCGCGCAGGCUGAGGAGUAGUAGUAGUUCCCGGGGGCGCUCUCUGCUCUGGUUGGUUUUGGCCGGGGGGAUUCCCCAUGGCUGGAGAAGUCGGAGAGACGUUCGGCGUUGGUUUUCAGGCUGAUUCAAUUCACUCUGGCUCCAUUUCAUUUGGGAGGUUUGAGAAAGAACCUUUAGCAUGGGAGAGGAGGUCUUCUUUCUCGCACAACAGGUAUCUUGAAGAGGUUGAGAAAUUCUCCAGACCAGGUUCGGUGAACGAGAAGAAAGCUUUACUCGAAGCCCAUUUCAAGAAGAAACCGCUUCUGCAUCAGAGUUCAUCCGAGUCGCAGACUGGAAGGGACCAUCGGCGUGAUGAAUAUGACACAUCAGAUAGUACGAGCAGGGAAGGAUUCGAGCUUGCAAUCGAGGAUGAUUAUUUUGGUCGCUUUGACGAGAGUCCAGCAAGAUCAGGGUGUAGUGGAGAGUACAAAGUAAGAGCUGGUGAAAGAGAAGAUCCAGGUGUUUCGUCAUUCCCAUCCCGUGAAAAAGAUGUAGUAGAUGAUCUUUCCAUGGAUUUUAUUCCUAUAGAGUAUGAUGCAGGGAUGCCAAUUUAUUUAGAGGAUGGGCAUGAUGACUUGCCAAUAGGUUGCGCUGAGACACAGAUAGGUGCAAAACUGAGUUCUGACUAUGAUGAGAGAGAAGCAGAAAAUUGUUCUGAGGCCAUCUACUCAUAUAUAAAGUGCGAGACUAAUCAAAUGGUUGAAAAGAAUUGUUCGGAAACAUCUCAUCUUUCUCCAAAGUUGGCAUCAGCAUCAGAAACUAAGCUCACCGAGGCCACAGCUAAGUCUCAGUUCUCAGUGGCUGAUGACAAGAGAAACAUUUCUGCUGAAUCAUCCAAAGAUUUGAACAAAACUUUGGGUGGAAGGAUAAGAGGAUCUCCAUCGAGAACAAAUAGACAGAAAGAUUCUACCUUGUCUGCAGUCCAAGCUUCCCGUUUAGUACAUAAAUCUUCGAACUCAGAGCAAAGGGAAAAGCUGGUGAUGAAACCAAUGCGUGAAGACAAUAGCAAAAGAGGAGGAAAAAAGAUUUCUGAACCUCAAUCCAUGUCAAUGAUGAAGCUUGAAUCGAGCGCAGAUUCUACUAGAAGCAGGCUAAAGCAGAUCGCUCAGUCACAGAAGCCAGAAACAAAGUCCACCUCUAAAGGUUUUAAUUUUCUGAGUGACCAGCGAGCAGAAAGGAGGAAAGAGUUUUUUAUGAGGCUGGACGAAAAGAUGCAUGCUAAGGACGCUGAGAUACAUGAGGUUCAAGCAAAAGCACAGGAAGAGACACAAGCUGAUAUCAAGCUACUCCGGAAGAGCCUUAAUUUCAAAGCAACGCCUAUGCCUUCUUUCUAUCGCGCAACUCUGCCAUCUGGGUCAGAUGGCAACAAGGCUUCAUCUACCAAAGUCAGGUCAAGCAUUUCAUCUAUGAGAUGUCCCAGUUCUCCAAAGCAAGAUGCUUCAAGGUCCCGAAUUCAUUCCAAGGCUGGAAAUUGCCAAGUUGUUGCUGCGAGUGUAUCUCCAAACACAACCAAUCCACCUGAAGCCUCGCUGGAUCACAAAUCAAUCAGCAAGACCUGGGGCUUGAAUGCGGUCUCUUCAAUACCAUCAUCAAACAAAGCUGAAUCUGCAGGAGAUGUAACCGCAAAUGAAACUUCAAGAAAGGGAAGAGAACAUGACGACGGGAAUACCAAUAAGCAGAAAUCAAAAGCAUCGGCAACUGCGAAGACAGUGAAAGGCCUGAGAGUUGAGGGGAAGCAGAAAGCAGGAGUUAAAAGAGACAACCAUCAAAUGAUGAGAAAGGAUACUAAAAGUGUCGGCAUGAGCAGGACGGGCCGUGUCGCUGUCAGUGUCACCUCCUGAGAGCACUUCCGUAAAAUCUUCCCUAAAUUCGUCAUUGUAUCAUUACUACUCAUCUGCCUCCACAUCACUUGAAUAGAAGAUGGCUGAGGAAGUAGAGAAAAAUAAGGUAAAGCCGGCUCCCGUAGAUCUUACAUGGCCAAAAAGGCAAGUCUGCUCAUGUAUCAGAGUACAUUCAUUCUCUAUCAAGGCCGGAGAAUGUCUUUUUAUGCAUGUUCAUGUACCAUAAAUGCAACUGAAAUGUGGCGAAAUUCGUCUCUCCAACAUAGAUUAUCGGAUGGAUACCUGUAUAUGGAAGGAUAAUCAUAAUUUCUCGUGAAUAAUCCGAGGGACAUAUCUUUAUGCAGAGUCUUGUCUGUAUAAUGAUCCUCUUGAGAAGUGAGAACAAUGAAUAAUUUCAUUCUGCUGUUGAUGUUCAA